UCUGACGGAACACGUGUUCCAGAGGCAGAGCACCGGAAGGAACAAACAUACUUUGCCAUUACAGAAUAAAAUACAUUAUUAUCUGAAGAAUUCGUUUUUGUUGUAGCGUUUUGCAAUCACUAAAAUGUCGACCCAAGUAUGCAGUUGUGCCGAAGAAGUCAGAAAACUUACACAACAAGUAUCAGUAAUGAGAAGAGAGAUUAAAAAUCUCAGACAGCAGAUAGACGGAUCCAUACGAUCACAUAAGAAACAGGUUUCAUCUCUUCAAUCGAUGUUGACAGACUGUGUGAAUUUGAACCGUGGACUACAGUUACAGAGCAAACCCCCAUCUCAGAGCCCCAGUAGGAUGAAUCUGUUACAAGGGCACAUUCAAACUGUACCGAUUGGAUAUAUGAAUUCAUGUUUUGCUGUCAAAAGUGGCACUCCACGACAACCCACCAUAUGCAGUUCCUCCCGGGCCAGCCUGAAGAUUGAAUCAUCAGUCUUCAAUAACCCUGAUCAUUCUUUAGUCGGGCUGGAACAAUACUCCCAUAUCUGGAUAAUUUUUCUCUUCCAUAUGAAUGGUCAACUUAGCUACAAAGCUAAAGUCAAGCCACCGCGCCUGAAUGGUGAGAAAGUAGGGGUGUACUCCACCCGUAGCCCCCACAGGCCAAAUGCUUUGGGACUGACUUUGGCUAAACUGGAAAGAAUCACAGGGGAUACAAUUUACCUGUCAGGAGUUGAUAUUAUCUCUGGAACACCUGUCCUAGACAUCAAACCAUAUAUUCCAGACUAUGAUUCUCCAACAACAAGGACUGACAACACCAGUAGCGAACAUAGACAAACUUCAUCAUUUACAGACCCUCAAGUGCCUCAAGACAUGGAGCUAGAUGAAGAACCAGACAUCUUACAGGCAUCUUUUGAACAUUCUUCAGAGCUUUGCCCAGAAGCAAGCAUCUCAUGUCCUGCCAGUAAUUCAGAUUUGUCCUGGACAAAAAGCUCUAAAUCCAGAGACGUCAAUGAUAUGCUAGCAGAAGUGAAAGACUACCUCAAACAAGAGCAGUUCACUGAAAACGCAGCUGAGGACAAAACCAAGGAUGCUCUUGGGAGCAGUUUAACAGGAACAACCCCUAUCAGUUCAUCCAGGCUAAACUUUGGACAAGAGUUACACAGCAGUAUUGCUGCUUGGGUCAGGGCGCCCCCUGUCAGUAACCUUGAUGUCCGCUUUACUGUACAUGCAGAGAAGGAGCUCAAAGAGUUUGUUCCCUGUGACAGUAUAGAAAGCAAAAGGCCAAAGUUCCAGUUCUUGAACGGGCCUGAUGAAGCCGUGGCGGCCAUUCACGGCAUACUCUCAGCUGACCCCAGAUCAGUAUAUCGCCGUAAACGUUGUCAAGACCGCUUGUUCUUCUUCACUCUGGAUACAGCUGACAUCACCUGCUGGUUUGGCGAUGGCUUUGCUGAAGUUGUGAGAGUCAGGCCUGUGCAGAACUGACAGUCUGACCAUCCCAAACCAUUUUUGCUCAUGAUAGGAGUACUGGAGUUCCAAAGUCAAAUUAAUACUAAAAUGUUUAUUUAUUAGUGUACUGAUAUUGUUUCUUUAUAGUUACUCUAUGUCACAGAUAAAACGUU